AUGGCCGAAGACAAAGGUGGUUAUCGUCAAAUCAACAAAUCUCUGAACAUUUGUGUAUUCGAGGAGUAUCUGAAAGGUCAGACCGCGAACCUCCCGAAGCUGGCCAAUGUGGAACAGGUCUCAUCGAGAGUCAUCCGAGUCCUUGGACAGAACCCCGGCAAGGUAAGCUCCACCCAUAUGCUCCAGUUCUGCACGAACUUAAAACUGACUCGUCUUCAANAGUUCACUCUUCAGGGUACAAACACGUACAUCGUCGGCACCGGCCAGCAAAGACUGCUCAUUGACACUUCGGGCGGCGAGCCAGAAUGGGCUUCAUUGAUUGCAUCCACGCUGGAGGACCAGAACAUCACCUUAUCCCAUGUUCUCUUGACCCACUGGCACGGUGAUCACACUGGCGGAGUGAAAGAUCUUCUCUACCUCUACCCACACCUUCGAGGCUGCAUCUACAAGAACGACCCUGAANAGGGCCAAAGAAACAUCGAAGACGAUCAGAUCUUCGAGGUCCCUGGUGCAACUGUCCGAGCGGUGCAUACCCCUGGACAUUCGGAAGAUCACAUGUGCUUCGUCCUCGAAGAGGAAUCAGCUUUGUUCACUGGCGACAACGUCCUUGGCCACGGAACAAGUGCAGUCGAAGAUCUGGGAGUUUUCAUGACAACCCUAGUCAAGAUGCAGAACCAGGCGUGCAGCACUGGAUAUUCAGCUCACGGCGUUGUGAUUCAGGACCUGCCAGCCAAGAUGGCCAGUGAGCUGUCUCGCAAACGACGACGUGAGAACCAAAUCAUGCAGGCUCUCUUUACCGCUCGCGACCGUGGUGAGAAGAGCAUCACUGCGUCGAAUCUAGUUGAUGAGAUGUAUGGAGCGUCCGUGGAUGAAGAGACGCGCACACUUGCAUUGAUCCCGAUGGUCACUGAGGUGUUGUGCAAGCUUGCUGGUGAUGGACGCACUGCCUUCCAAGUUGUCGGUGGUGAGAAGAAGUGGUACUCUUUCGACAAAGGCCGUCCGACCAUGAGCCAGAGAAAGACAGAAACGGAGAGAGAGCGCAAGGAUUCGUUGUUUUCAGUACAAGAGUUGAAGGAGGUGUUUGUCGCGGCUUGA